GUGGUUCUGCUAAUCUAACCUGCCGAGCUUUCUUUGGAUAUAGUGGAGAUGUCAGUCCUUUGAUCUACUGGAUGAAAGGGGAGAAGUUCAUUGAAGAUUUAGAUGAUAGUCGAGUCUGGGAAAGUGACAUUAGGGUUCUCAAGGAACAUCUUGGGGAGCAGGAGGUUUCCAUCUCAUUGAUUCUUGACUCUGUCGAAGAGGCAGACCUGGGCAAUUAUUCGUGUUACGUCGAGAAUGGAAAUGGGCGCCGACAUGCCAGCAUUCUUCUACACAAAAGGGAGCUGAUGUACACAGUUGAGCUUGCUGGUGGGCUUGGUGCUAUUCUGCUGCUGCUUGUUUGUUUAGUGACUAUCUACAAGUGUUACAAGAUAGAGAUUAUGCUCUUCUACAGGAACCAUUUUGGAGCUGAAGAACUAGAUGGAGACAACAAAGACUAUGAUGCAUAUCUAUCUUAUACCAAAGUGGAUCCUGAUCAGUGGAAUCAAGAAACUGGAGAAGAAGAAAGAUUUGCUCUUGAGAUCCUGCCAGAUAUGCUUGAAAAGCAUUAUGGAUACAAGUUGUUCAUCCCAGACAGAGAUUUGAUUCCCACAGGAACCUACAUUGAAGAUGUGGCAAGAUGUGUAGACCAAAGCAAGCGACUGAUCAUCGUCAUGACUCCAAGUUAUGUGGUAAGAAGAGGUUGGAGCAUCUUUGAACUGGAAACAAGGCUUCGAAAUAUGUUAGUCACGGGAGAAAUCAAAGUGAUACUGAUUGAAUGCAGUGAACUACGAGGAGUUAUGAACUACCAGGAGGUCGAGGCCCUAAAACAUACCAUCAAGCUCCUCACUGUCAUUAAAUGGCACGGACCAAAGUGCAACAAGUUGAAUUCCAAGUUCUGGAAACGUUUACAGUACGAAAUGCCUUUUAAGAGGAUUGAACCCAUCACAAAUGAGCAGGUUUUAGAUGUCAGUGAGCAGGGGCCCUUUGGGGAACUGCAGACAGUCUCCGCGAUUUCCAUGGCUGCUGCCACCUCUACCGCUCUUGCCACUGCCCAUCCAGACCUGCGCUCCACCUUUCAUAACACAUAUCACUCACAGAUGCGCCAGAAACACUAUUAUCGAAGCUAUGAAUACGAUGUACCUCCUGCCGGCACCCUGCCGCUUACCUCAAUAGGUAACCAGCACACCUACUGCAACAUCCCUAUGACACUUAUAAACGGGCAGCGGCCACAGACAAAAACUAACAGGGAGCAGAACCCAGAAGAGGCUCACACAAACAGUGCCAUACUGCCCCUCCUGCCACGGGAGACCAGUAUAUCCAGUGUCAUCUGGUGACCGAGAUGCAAGGGGCCGUCAACCCCCUUGAAUAGGAGCAGAGUCUGCAGUCUGGUGCCUGGAACUACAUCCUCGACUGCUGCUGUUAAACAUGCAUUACAAUCGAUAACAUACGAGGAAAAACAGGGUCUUGUACAUAUGUUUUUGCAAUUUCUUUGUAGCAUCAGUCUUCCUGUUUUACCCAUGUCUCUUACCAUUCACAUUUUCGACUUUGUUUUAUAUGUCAUUAGAAUUUGUAUAUUUACAUUUUUUUAAAAGAAGAGACUGCUGUAUAGAUAGGAAACUUUUUUGCUUCAUUAGUAUAGUUUUAGUUUUUUUGUUUGUUUGUUUUUAACCUCUCUUGGGAAUGCUUGGACAAAGCUAUGUUGAUAUCAGAAGCACCAUCCAUUUUGUUGGCCUGCCUAGCCUGAUUCCUGAAGGUCAUGCCUGCUGCAGCUCACUUCUUUUGGAGAGUAUUUGUUUUUAGAAGGACCCCAUCCCUCACUGAGAGCUCCAGUUUCAUUUCUACUCCCGUAAUGUGCACUGCUCCUUCCCUGCCCUUACAAAGACCCCAAUUUGGGGUAACACUACAGUCUGAUCAUCUAACAUGUAACUUGGUAGAUACCUGCCAAACCACGGAAUAUACCCAAUCUGUAUGGGUUGCUUCACAGUAGUCACUACAGAGUGUGUAGAAACUAGAGCCAGUUUGUUUUUUGUUUUCUUGGGUUUGUUUUUUAAUUAUUAUUUUAUGAAUGACUUGAUUGUAUUCCUUUUAUAAAUAUAAAAGCAAACCCUAUUUUUAACACAUCCUGGAAAAGUAUCAAAGUGGUUGUGGAUUUUAUUUUUCAAGCAUUUAUUUUUUUUCUUUUCCCCCUUUCUAAAUCCUGCAAAUGACGUCAUUUGCAAAUGUCAGGCAAGUAAGACAAGUGAGGCAAUAGACACUGAAGUGCAGAGAGUCCUGCUGGUAUGUACAGUGAUGACUUCCAAACCAAAGGGGAAUAAAAAGACAGUGUUGUAGACGGUUUGUCAUUUUGUAUUAUAGAAAGUGUUAUUUUCAAAAAAAGUAAGAGCAAAACAUUAUUUUGCUGUGGAUUACAGAGUCCCCUUGUAUUUUAAUGUUCAAAAAAAUUGUAUUUGCUUUAAAAUGCUAUAUUCAGGAUUAAGAACUCUUCUUUCAUUUGGUUUUAGCUUGUAACGAUAAAUAAAACUUUAUUAAUUUCAACAUGAUUUCAGUAAGAACUCAGGCAGAAAAAAUGACAUGAUACCAGAAAUAUAAUUGUUUUCAGAAUAAACUUUAUUUAUACAAAAUUAA